UCAUCAUCAUCAACUUUUCAUUAAUAAUAAUAUUCAUCAAGAACAAGCAAAUACAUUGCCAACAACAAACACAUCAUCAUCGUCGAUGAUACAGCAGCCACCAGCAACGGAAUCUUCUGCAGCAGCAAUUAUUUAUCAUCAUAAUCUACAUAAUAACAAUCAUUUGAUUUUUUCAUCUAAUCCAACACAAUUAUCAUUGUCAGAACAUCAACAUCAUAAUCAUAAUCAUCAUCAGCAAUCAACAAAUGAAACAACAGCAACCGAAACAGCAACAAGUGGUUUACAGUCACCAUCAAUUCCAGAUGAUGAUCAAUUGCAAGAUCAAUUACAUGAAAAUCGUAUUUGUUACAAUUGUCGUACAACUAUUACACCAUUGUGGCGUCGUUUUGGUCCGAAUCAAUUUCUUUGCAAUGCAUGUGGCCUAUAUCAAAGGGUUAAUGGACAACAUCGGCCAUUAGUAAGAAAUGUACGACGAUUAUCGACGACAACACGUCGUGUUGGUCUGAUUUGUGCCAAUUGUGGUACUAAAGCAACAUCAAUGUGGCGUAGAAAUUCUUCCGGUGAUUCUGUUUGCAAUGCAUGUGGAUUAUAUUUUCGUUUGAAUGGAAUAAAUCGACCGGCAACAAUGCGCAAAGAAACCAUACGUACAAGAAGACGUCGUACAAUUAAACCAUCGUCAAUGAUGAUGAUGAAUUUUCACCAUCAUCAUCAUCAUCACCAGCAACAGCAGCAGCAGCAGCAGCAUCAGCAUCAACAACAAAUGAAUGGUCAACAAUUAUCAAUGGUAAAUAAUUCACCAUAUUCACCAUAUCAUCAUCAUCAUCAUAAUCAUAAUCAUCAACAAAGUCGGCCAUUUAUCAUGUCAACAACAACGGAUGCAACAGCAACAACAACAACAGCAACUAUUUCAACAAUACCCGCUACAUUAACAUCAACAACAAUAUCGAAUUCUGAAUAUCAACAACAACGUCUUUCAACUGAUGAUACAUUCCAAUCAAUAAUAAUGAUGAUAAUGUUGAUGAUAGUAGUUUUUAAUACAACAACAACAAAAACAACAACGAUGACAGAUACAACGACCACAACAACUCAGCAACAACGGCAACAAUCAAUGAAUGAUAAUGGCAACGAUGGUGAGAAUAUUGAAACCGGUACGCAUACAACGUCAUAUCAACAGGAAAAACAAAGUUCAUCAUCAAUUAUCAUUGGAUCGUCACCAGCGAUGAUAACAAAAUUUAACGAUAAUUCUUCAACAACCACAAUUUUUGGUAAACAACAAUCCCAUGAUGAUCAUGAUAAUGAUACAGAAAAACCGGAUGAAGAAGUAAAUGAAAACAAUGGAGAUAAUUCGACAACAUUACCACCAUUACCACUUACAACAACAACAGCACAAACUAUAAAUCCGGUUACAUUUAUUGGACCCGGUGCUAAUGGUAGUGGUGGUGGUGGUGGUGGUGGUUUACUUACAUCUUCAUCCUCAACAUCAUCGACAAAUGUCUAUGAUCCAGCAAUGAUACAAUUGAACGCUAAAUCAAAUUAUCAAUUUCAUUUAGCAGCAGCAGCCGCUGCCGCUGCUGCAGCAGCAACAAACGGUUAUGGUAAUAUGUUACAAUCGACAAACAUUCCAUUUGGAACACCAGCAGUAACAGCAACGAUAACCGAUGAUCAAAAUCGUAUGAUAAACGAUAAUGGAAUAAUAUCGCAACAUCAUCAUCCACAUGGAUUACAUCAUCAUUCAUGGUCAAAUAAUCAUUCAUAUCAUCAUCAACAUCAUUCUACAACUGGACAUCAUCAUCUAUUUGGACAACAAUCAAAUCUAUAUCAUCAUACGGGUAAUCAUCAAUUUUAUCCAAAUACCGGUGAUACAUCACCAUCAUUAUAUCCAAGAAUAUCACAAAUGAAUUUGGAAACAAAUUUCGAUGUAAAAAAAGAAGAUGAAAAUGAUAUACAAAAUCGAUUAGAUACAACAACAACAACCGCAACAAGCGCAACUACCGAUGAUAAUUAUUAUCCAAUUACAAUAAUGUCACAUUUUGAUAAACAAAUAAUGAUGGAUAAUGUGGUGAUGGCCAAAUGA